UGUUUGCAAGCUCUUGCGGACUGGAAAGCGAGAGUGUAGAUCUUGCAGCGGGAUCCGUCGAGUGAAUGGACUGGCUUCCUGAAUGGUGCUGCUGGCACUUCUGCCUUUGCUGCUUGUGAUCUGGUUGGUUUGGACCAAGAUGGCGGAUUCCCCACCACCAGGCGACUCGGGAAAACGGGAGGCCCGGCUUUCUGCCCCAGAGCAGCCGUCCUUGGAAACUCAGGCGCUUCCUUCCCAUGGAGACUCCCGUCCGCCCCUGGAGGCUUCUGGGACAGAACCUCCACCAGCAGGACCCGGCCAGACCUCUGCAGCGCCCUCCUGGCCUCCAAGCAGCCGGGCCCCUGCCGGUGCCCCGAAGCCGCCCGAGCACCCCGCUUGCCAGCGCAAGCCCCCGCUCUGCCGGUCCAGCUCGGACGUGUCGGUGCCGUGCCCAGGGCCCCCGGCGGCUGAUCCGGCGAGGCCUCUGAACCCGGCCGCUCGGACCGCCUCCAACCCGUCCCUGAGGCAGGGGAGGUCCCACUCCUGGGAAGAGCCGGAGGCCGGCCAGGCCCCAGGGAAGCGGCAGGCCAUGGCCAAGUUUGUCCUGGGCUCCUUCGAAGACAACUCUUCCGACGACGAACUGGUGGCCGGUUCCUUCAAGCUGGCCGGCAGGAGGAGGAGCAGCCUGGCCAGCAUCGGAUCCUCCUCCUCCUCCUCGGAUCCCUCUUCUCUGGCCACCCUGCUGGAGGAGCGGCCUGCGGCAAGGAUGAGACCCAGCAUGUCAGGGAUGCACCUGGUCAAGAAGGGCCGUGAGCACAGGAAGCUGGAUCUCCACAGGGACUUCGCCGUGGCUUCGCCCGCUGAAUUUGUCACUCGUUUUGGAGGGAACCGCGUCAUUGAAAAGGUUCUGAUUGCUAACAAUGGCAUUGCCGCAGUUAAGUGCAUGCGAUCCAUUCGCCGAUGGGCCUACGAAAUGUUCCGGAAUGAACGAGCAAUUCGGUUUGUGGUCAUGGUAACACCUGAAGAUCUUAAGGCAAACGCAGAGUACAUCAAAAUGGCGGACCAGUACGUGCCUGUCCCUGGAGGAACCAACAAUAACAACUAUGCCAAUGUGGAGUUGAUUGUGGACAUUUCAAAGAGAAUUCCGGUGCAGGCUGUCUGGGCUGGCUGGGGACAUGCUUCCGAAAACCCCAAACUGCCUGAACUGUUGCACAAACAUGGAGUAGCUUUUCUAGGCCCGCCAAGUGAGGCCAUGUGGGCCCUGGGGGACAAAGUGGCUUCCACCAUUGUGGCCCAGACGGUCCAUAUCCCCACCCUGCCGUGGAGCGGAACUGGUCUUGUGGCUGAGUGGGCUGAGGUGGAGGACGAACAUCCAAGAACCAUCACCGUUCCCCUGGAGACGUACCGCCAGGGCUGUGUGAGGGACCUGGAGGAAAGCUUGGAGGCUUCUGAGAAAAUUGGCUAUCCUGUGAUGAUCAAGGCCUCGGAAGGCGGUGGCGGCAAAGGGAUUCGGAUUGCAGAUGGAGCUGAGGAGUUCCCUGCCCGCUUUAGACAAGUGCAGAGCGAAGCUCCGGGUUCUCCUAUUUUUGUGAUGAAGUUCUUGGAACACGCCCGCCAUCUUGAAGUCCAAGUCUUAGCUGAUCAGUACGGGAAUGCCGUUUCACUGUUCAGUCGGGAUUGCUCCAUCCAGAGAAGGCACCAAAAAAUCAUCGAAGAGGCCCCAGCAACGGUGGCUCCUCCCUCCGUGUUUGAUUACAUGGAGCAGUGUGCCGUCCGCCUUGCCAAGAUGGUAGGCUACGUGAGUGCAGGGACAGUUGAAUAUCUCUACAGUGAAGAUGGCAGUUUCCACUUCCUAGAGUUGAACCCCCGCCUACAAGUGGAACACCCUUGUACAGAAAUGAUUGCGGAUGUUAACUUGCCUGCUGCCCAACUCCAGAUUGCCAUGGGCGUACCCUUGCACAGAAUGAAGGACAUCCGUGCCCUCUAUGGGGAGUCCCCUUGGGUCGAUUCCCCCAUCUCCUUUGAGAACCCUAGCAAUGUUCCUGUGCCCAGGGGCCACGUGAUUGCGGCGAGAAUCACCAGCGAGAACCCGGAUGAGGGCUUCAAGCCCAGCUCUGGCACCGUGCAGGAGCUGAACUUCCGCAGCAGCAAAAACGUGUGGGGAUACUUCAGCGUGGCGGCCACUGGCGGGCUGCACGAGUUUGCCGAUUCCCAGUUCGGACACUGCUUCUCCUGGGGCGAGAACCGCGAGGAGGCCAUUUCAAACUUGGUGGUAGCUCUGAAAGAACUCUCCAUCCGAGGGGACUUCCGGACGACCGUCGAGUACCUCAUCAAACUCCUGGAGACGGAGAGUUUCCAGAGCAAUGAGAUCGACACCAGCUGGCUGGACCACCUGAUUGCAGAAAAAGUGCAGGCAGAGAAGCCAGACACGAUGCUGGGCGUGGUCUGCGGCGCACUUAACGUGGCCGAUGCCUUGUUCCGGACGUGUAUGGACGACUUCCUGCAUUCUUUGGAAAGGGGCCAAGUCCUGCCAGCAGCCUCUCUUCUCAACAUGGUUGACGCGGAACUUAUUUCCGAAGGCGUGAAGUACGCUCUGAAGGUUGCCCGCCAGUCCCUGACUACCUAUGUCGUCAUCAUGAACAACACCCACAUUGAGAUCGACGUGCACCGACUGAAUGACGGAGGGCUUCUGCUCUCCUAUGACGGCAACAGCUACACCACGUACAUGAAGGAAGAAGCGGACCGAUACCGGGUCACUGUGGGCAACAAAACCUGUGACUUCGAAAAGGAGAAGGACCCCACCUUGCUCCGGUCUCCCUCGGCUGGGAAGCUGCUGCAGUACCUGGUGGACGACGGAGGACACGUCUGCACUGGCCACAGCUAUGCGGAAAUCGAGGUGAUGAAGAUGGUCGUGACCUUGGCCGUGGAGGAGUCUGGCCUCCUCCACUACGUGAAGCGGCCGGGCACGCUGCUGGAGACGGGCUGCGUCCUCGCCAGGCUGGAGCUGGACGACCCCACCAAGGUCCACCUGGCCCAGCUGUACAGAGGAGGGCUCCCCCCACAACAGCCCCUCCCCAUCCUCGGCGAGAAGCUGCACCAGGUCUUCCACAACGUGCUCGAGAGCCUCACCAAUGUCAUGAAUGGAUACUGCCUGCCCGAGCCCUAUUUCGGCACCAAGAUCAAAGAGUGGGUCUGCAAGCUGAUGAAGACCCUCCGGGACCCCUCCCUUCCCCUUCUGGAGCUGCAGGAGAUCAUGACGAGCAUUGCGAGCCGGAUCCCCCUGUCGGUGGAGAAGUCGAUCCGGAAGGUGAUGGCUCAGUACGCCAGCAACAUCACCUCUGUCCUCUGCCAGUUCCCCAGCCAGCAGAUUGCCAGCAUCUUGGACAGCCAUGCGGCCACUCUGCAGCGGAAAGCCGACCGGGAGGUCUUCUUCAUGAACACCCAGAGCAUCAUGCAGCUGGUGCAGAGGUACCGCAGCGGCAUCCAAGGCCACAUGAAAUCUGUGGUGUUGGAUUUAUUGAGGCGCUAUUUGCAGGUGGAGACCCAGUUCCAGCAAGGUAGGGUGGGCGUUUGGAGCCCUGAGGUGGGUGUCUUCGGGAGUGAAGGCUCCUCCUCGCCAUUUCCCGCUUGCCUUUCAGCUCACUACGACAAAUGUGUGAUCCACUUGCGGGAGCAGUUCAUGCCCAACAUGACCCCAGUCCUUGAAUGCAUUUUCUCCCAUGCCCAAGUGGCCAAGAAGAACCUCUUGGUGACCAUGCUGAUUGAUCACCUUUGCGGCAGAGACCCCACCCUGACGGAUGAGUUGAUGGCCAUCCUGAAUGAGCUCACACAGCUUAGCAAAAUGGAGCACUCCAAGGUGGCGCUGAGGGCCAGGCAGGUGCUGAUCGCCUCCCACCUCCCUUCUUAUGAGCUCCGGCACAACCAAGUGGAGUCUAUUUUCCUCUCAACCAUCGACAUGUACGGCCACCAGCUCUGCCCAGAAAACCUCAAGAAACUGAUCCUCUCGGAAACCACCAUCUUUGACGUCCUGCCCACGUUCUUCUACCACGCCAACCACGUGGUGCGCAUGGCAGCCCUGGAGGUGUACGUGAGGCGGGCCUACAUUGCCUACGAGCUGAACAGCCUGCAACACCGCCAGCUGACGGACGGCACCUGCCUGGUGGAGUUCCAGUUCAUGCUGCCUUCGUCCCACCCAAACAGGAUGUCUGUGGCAGUCAGCAUCUCGAAUCCCGACUUGGCCCGGCACAGCACCGAACUCUUCAUGGACAGCGGCUUCUCCCCUCUCUGCCAGAGGAUGGGCGCGAUGGUGGCUUUCGACAGGUUUGAAGACUUCGCCAGAAACUUUGACGAGGUGAUCUCCUGCUUUGCCGACCCUCCCUCGGAGAGCCCCUUGUUCAGCGAGGUGAGGGCCACGCUCUAUGACGAGGACGACGACAGCAAGAAUGUCCGCGAGGAGCCCAUCCACAUCCUGAACGUGGCCAUUCGGUGGGCAGAGCACUUCGAGGAUGAGGAGCUGGUGCCCGUCUUCCGAGCCUUCGCUCAGUCUAAGAACAGCAUCCUUGUUGACUGUGGACUCCGAAGAAUCACAUUUUUGAUAACUCAACAGAGGGAAUUUCCAAAGUUUUUCACGUUCCGAGCACGAGAUGAGUUUGCCGAGGACCGCAUCUACCGCCACUUGGAGCCAGCUCUGGCCUUCCAACUGGAGCUGAACCGGAUGCGCAACUUUGACCUGACGGCGAUACCUUGCGCCAACCACAAGAUGCACCUCUACCUUGGGGCUGCCAAAGUGGAAGAAGGCACAGAGGUCACUGACUACCGGUUUUUCGUUCGUGCCAUCGUCAGACACUCUGAUCUGAUCACAAAGGAGGCCUCCUUCGAGUACCUGCAGAACGAGGGGGAGCGGCUGCUCCUAGAGGCCAUGGAUGAGCUGGAGGUGGCCUUCAGCAACACCGGCGUCCGCACCGACUGCAACCACAUCUUCCUCAACUUUGUCCCCACGGUGGUCAUGGACCCCUCCAAGAUUGAGGAAUCUGUGCGCUCCAUGGUGAUGCGUUACGGAAGCCGCUUGUGGAAGCUCCGGGUCCUGCAGGCCGAAGUGAAGAUCAACAUCCGCCUGACGCCAACCGCCCAAGCUGUCCCCAUCCGCCUCUUUCUUACGGAUGAGUCAGGAUACUACCUGGACAUCAGCCUCUAUAAGGAGGUCAACGACCCCAGGACGGGCAACAUCAUGUUCCACUCCUACGGAGACAAGCAGGGCCCCUUGCACGGGAUGCUGAUCAACACUCCGUACGUCACCAAAGACCUGCUCCAAGCUAAGCGCUUCCAGGCACAGUCGCUUGGGACCACCUAUGUGUACGACUUCCCAGAGAUGUUCCGGCAGGCGCUCUUCAAGUUGUGGGGAUCCGCAGAAGCAUAUCCUGCCGAUGUCCUGACCUACACAGAACUGGUGCUGGAUUCCCAGGGGCAGCUGGUGCAGAUGAACAGGCUGCCAGGAGGAAACGAGAUUGGAAUGGUUGCCUUCAAGAUGAAGCUGAAAACCCCCGAGUAUCCCAAUGGCCGAGACAUUGUUGUCCUCAGCAACGACAUCACCUACAAGAUCGGGUCAUUUGGACCCAAGGAAGACCUCCUCUUCUUGCGGGCCUCAGAGCUGGCCCGUGCUGAAGGCAUUCCAAGGAUAUACAUUGCAGCCAACAGCGGGGCCCGCAUUGGCUUUGCGGAUGAGAUCAAGCACAUGUUCCAAGUAGGCUGGGUGGACCCUGCAGACCCCUACAAGGGCUUCAAGUACCUGUACCUGACCCCGCAGGAUUACACCAGGAUCAGCUCCAUGAACUCUGUUCACUGCAAACACAUGGAGGAAGCCGGCGAGUCGAGGUAUGUCAUAACCGAUAUCAUUGGUAAAGAGGAAGGCUUUGGCGUGGAGAACCUAAGAGCGUCAGGCACCAUUGCUGGAGAAUCUUCACUCGCUUAUGACAGAAUCGUCACCAUUAGCAUGGUGACCUGCCGUGCCAUUGGGAUUGGAGCGUACCUGGUGAGGCUGGGCCAGCGGGUGAUCCAGGUCGACAACUCCCACAUCAUUCUUACAGGAGCUGGCGCUUUGAAUAAGGUCUUGGGCCGUGAAGUGUACACCUCCAACAACCAGCUAGGAGGGAUGCAGAUCAUGCACAACAAUGGCGUCUCUCACGUGACCGUCCCGGACGACUUCGAAGGCGUUUAUACCAUCUUGCAGUGGUUGUCGUACAUGCCAAAGGACAAUCAUAGCUCGGUGCCUGUUACCGCCACGAGUGACCCUAUUGAAAGAGAAAUCGACUUUGUCCCUUCAAAAGCCCCCUAUGACCCUCGGUGGAUGUUGGCGGGGAGACCUCACCCCACCGUCAAGGGGACCUGGCAGAAUGGCUUCUUUGACCACGGCUCUUUCAUGGAGAUCAUGCAGCCCUGGGCACAGACGGUGGUGGUGGGUCGAGCCAGGCUGGGCGGAAUCCCCGUGGGCGUGAUAGCUGUUGAGACCCGGACUGUGGAGCUAGCGAUACCAGCCGACCCGGCAAACCCAGAAUCGGAAGCAAAGAUAAUCCAGCAAGCCGGCCAGGUCUGGUUUCCAGAUUCGGCCUUCAAAACGGCCCAGGCCAUCCGGGACUUUGACCGGGAACACCUUCCGCUCCUGGUUUUUGCCAACUGGCGGGGAUUCUCGGGUGGGAUGAAAGACAUGUACGACCAGGUGCUGAAGUUUGGGGCGUACAUCGUGGACAGCCUCCGGCAGUUCAAGCAGCCCGUGCUGGUCUACAUCCCCCCACAAGCCGAAUUGCGGGGCGGCUCCUGGGUGGUGAUUGACCCGACCAUCAAUCCUCUCUGCGUAGAGCUGUAUGCGGACAAAGAGAGCAGGGGAGGCAUCUUGGAAGCUGAAGGCACCGUGGAGAUCAAGUUCCGGAGGAAGGAGCUGCUCAAGGCCAUGCGGAGGAUUGAUGCCACCUGUGCCAGGAUUGUGCAGCAGCUGGGUUCUCCGGAGCUCUCGAAAGAGCAGCGUCAGGAGCUGGAAAAGCAGCUGCAAGGGCGAGAGGACUAUCUCCUGCCGAUCUUCCACCAGGUGGCAGUGCAAUUUGCAGACCUCCACGACACGCCGGGAAGGAUGCAGGAGAAAGGAGUCAUUUCAGAUGUUCUGCAGUGGAAAAAUGCCCGUCCGUUCUUCUACUGGCGGCUGCGGCGCCUCCUGCUGGAGGAGGUGGUGAAGGCGGAGAUCCUGAGCGCCCACAGCGAGCUGAGCAACUGCCACAUCCAGUCCAUGCUGCGGCGCUGGUUCCUGGAGACGGAAGGCGCCGUGAAGGGCUACCUCUGGGACAAUAACCAAGUGGUGGUGGAAUGGCUGGAGAAGCACCUUCAGGAGGAGGACGGGGCCAAGUCGGCCAUCCGGGAGAACAUCAAAUACCUGAAGCGGGAUUACGCCCUCAAGCACAUCCGGAACUUAAUCCAGGCGAACCCAGAGGUUGCCACAGACUGUAUCAUCCACAUGACGCAGCACCUCACACGUGCGCAGCGCGCCCAGAUCGCGCAUCUCCUGGCCACCAUGGAUAACCCCACCUCCUCGUGAGUAAAGCUCUGCUGGAGCAGGGGAGACCGCCAACCCAGGGACAAGGAGAAGGACCCUCCAGGGCAGAGAGAGGCUCCUCUGUGCCUGCCUUGGGGGCCGCAGGAAGGAGCCGGAACCCAGUCCUUGGGUCUAGGGCACGAGAGCGGGGCGAAGCCGGUCAGUUUUCUGUCGCUCGGACCUUAAAAGGCAGCUUAACCCGCCACUCAGCUGCCAGGAGAUAAGCUGAAGCCCACCUCUAAGGCGGCGACUCCAAGCCGUAGCAGUGUCUCCAGAGGCAUUCCUGUGGCUACUGGCCUUCUGCCUACGGAAGGAAAGCUCCAGCUUCUUUUCCUUUAGUGACGGUGACAGAAAUGUGUGUGGGGCAGAGAACUGCCAGAAGCCCCUACCCCCUGCCCCCCCCACACCCCCACACCAGCGUCCUGUGCCUCGGCAGAACGUUAGAACAGAUUGCAGAGACGGCACUUCAGCCAAGCUGGACAGGACAUGUCCACAGCACAGGAUAGCUCAGCUUGGCUGCCGCAACGGGGGAACUGGGAUUCCUGGCCCUGCUCACUGUGGCUUUUUGACGCCCCCUUGGCAUAAAAGGGAUGUUUCCGUUGUCACUCCGCCUUUCCCAGCGGCAUCUUCAUAACACGGGGGAGGCUGCUGGAAUCUCUCCCCCCCGGUGCUGGUGUGCUUGUUCUCAAAGGCAAGUCAGCUUCUCCGCCUGGCUCCGGUGCUUGGCUCCCUGCCCUGCCCUUCUGAGCGCCUUCUCCUGCCCUCGUUUGGGAGCUGGGCAUGUUCUCGUUUUGUGGCCGCGGGGGAAGUAGCAGCUGGGCCGGGGGCCUCGCUCCACCCCAGCAGCUGCGCCCAGGUCUUCGCUGCGGGAGGAGGAGGAGGGGCCCCCCCCGAUCCAGCUGCUGCUGACCACACGAUCACGGAGGGCACCUCCCACCUUGCUGUUCCUGUCGCACGUGGGCAUAAAACAGGAGAGCGGACGGGGAGAGGACGCUUGUCCGAACGCGGAUUACGAUCGUCUGGACCACUGGUUGUAUCUGCUGGGAAGCUGCCGUUGCCACAAGCUGGGGGACCCCAGAAAUGGUUUUCCCCAGGGGUAAAUAUCCUUCAGGCUGGAUGUGCUGUGGUCUGCUGGACUGCAAGGCUGCCGCAAGCCAGAGGGUCUCGAACUCGGCUCCUCCGACGUUGCUGGAUUUCAGCCCCCAUCAUCCCCAGCCCCAAAGGCCUCCGGCCGCUCUCCGGCCCCCCAGCUGCCACUUAGCCCCCAUCACUGCCAGCCCUUUGGACCCUGCUGUUGCUGCCUUUGGCCACUGUGGCUGCUGGGAGUUGAAGUCCAGCUGCCCCCGGGGACCCACGCUGGCCAACUCCUGCCGUGAGUCUUCUCCCAAAGCUCUCGCCAAAGUGGGGGGCAGCUGAGAAAAUGCCACGCUCUCACGCCGGUGCUGUGUGCAGGGUUGCCUCGCGGGACAGUUACUCUCAAAACCAAAGAGAAACACAGGUGGGCUGUGGGCACCAUGGGUUUGGGAGAUCGGCUAAGGCAGUUCAGUGUGUUCACGUGGAAUUUUUUUCUAAGAGAAAAGAUGGUUACAAUUUCCUCCUUCCAGGAGAGGAAAACCUAUGCAAAAAACGCUUCACUCUUUCUCACAGGGAAGGUGUUAGCAAAUGGGCAUGUGGUGCCUUUUGUCCAUACACACACACCCCACCACUGUUCAGAGAGCUGGGCAACUCUAAAUAAAAUUAUUACAUUUUGCAAGAAA